AUGGAGGAUGAGGAUCAAGAACCCAAUGAUGAAGAGGCCGGAAGGAUGCAGAUGGAGAUUUUUGAAGAACAGCAAAUCAGGUUGGCUGACUAUCAACUCCGUUUGGAGGAACGAGAUAGAGAAAUCGCUGAAUAUUUGGAGAUCAUCCGGGAGCUACAGGGUACAGUUGGGUCCUUGCAAGCAAGUGUGGAGGACCUUGAGGAAAGAAUCCAUGUGAUGGCGAAUGCGCCAAUGCUCAUGACUGGCCUACCAGUGUUUACAAGGUCCACAAUGGACACGAUGAGAGAACCGACAUUCAGUGGAAGACGGCUGGAUGUACCGCGCAUGCGACAGGUGUAUUCGGCACUGCCGAAUGCACCGCUUCAUAAGAUGAUUGGUACAGAGACAAGGGGUGCAAGAAGAGCAGUGGAAGGAGGACCAGUAUCAUACAUCGUGGUGUAUUCUAAUGGAGUGUUUUCUCUUGGUGCCACAAGAGAAGAGCAGUAUGGUUCAACCCCUGAGUUCAUCCAGUUUGGGACUAACAAGGGAAUGGUUUGA